GUGAAUUGAGUUCCUGCUAGAAAGGCACAUGAUGGGAAACUGAAAGCCGUUUGUGCGCUCCUGUCGGAGUUUGACUGCGAAAAGUACAACAAUCCUACAUGUGGUCGAGACGAUGGAGUCCAAAAUAAAAUAACAGAGUCGACCGAACCACCGGGUCUCAGUGGGACUCCAUCAAGCCGAAGGGGCCGCGACAGAAAUGGCAAACCUGAACUGGAAGCCGUUUGUCUAUGGGGGAAUGGCCUCAAUUGUCGCAGAAUUUGGUACGUUCCCCAUUGAUCUCACAAAAACGCGGCUUCAGGUUCAAGGGCAGACGCACUGUAUGGAGGUUCGAUACCGUGGGAUGUUCCAUGCUUUGUUAAGGAUUGGACGAGAGGAAGGCGUCCGGGCAUUGUACUCCGGAAUUUCACCUGCCCUUCUCCGACAAGCUUCUUAUGGCACGAUCAAGAUCGGUACAUACAACACACUAAAGAAACUGUUUGUCAGCCAUCCAGAAGAAGAGACGAUGGUGAUUAAUGUGUUUUGUGGUGUGGUGUCAGGAGUUUUGUCUUCCUCUUUGGCAAAUCCAACUGAUGUGCUGAAGAUUCGCAUGCAGGCUCAGGGCAGUCUGUUACAGGGCAGUAUGAUGUCCAACUUCAUGAACAUCUACCAGACGGAGGGCACACGAGGCCUGUGGAGGGGUGUUAUUCCUACUGCACAGAGGGCAGCCAUCGUGGUCGGUGUGGAGCUGCCAGUCUAUGACAUCACCAAGAAACAUCUGAUCCGUUCAGGCCUCAUGGGAGACACGGUGUUAACUCAUUUCAUUUCCAGUUUCACGUGUGGCCUGGCAGGCGCUCUGGCCUCUAAUCCGGUGGAUGUGGUGAGGACGCGGAUGAUGAAUCAGCGUGUGCUCGCCGGUAACCCUCUGUACAAGGGCACGCUGGACGGACUCAUGCAGACCUGGAGAAAUGAAGGCUUUUUCGCUCUCUAUAAAGGCUUCUGGCCUAACUGGCUGCGUCUGGGGCCGUGGAACAUCAUCUUCUUCAUGACCUUCGAGCAGCUGAAGAAGCUUCCAUUGUAGCCGAAUCUACAACAUCUCUGAAACGUGUGUGUUUGUGUGCUUGUUUGUGUGUGUAUGGGGCUUCUGUCUCUCAGCAUUCACCAUCCCUUCAUCUACGAGUAUGUUUAUUUAAGAACUUGUUUUAUUCUGUUCUCAUUUGUGUUGUACAUACUUGACGUAUUUAAACGCUCUCCUUUUUGCACCUAAAUGCUUUAUUUUUGACUCCUGGCAGCUACCGUAUCGCUUCCGUCAGCUGUUUUACAGGCCCAGUGGUGUUUUAAUAUAUGCUUGGUCAGCUAGGAGCCGCACUGGUGAAUAUUUGAGGUAAAGGGCUUUAGCUUAAACUGGAAAACCACCAGGCAUAGUUUUCUCCACACUGGCUUGAGAGUCCGGCUUAAUAGCACAGUUGUCAAAGUUACUGAAGACACGUCCAUUAGGUUGGGAUAUAAAGCAAUACUUUGGGGUUUACCUCCAUGCAAGCAGAUGUUUUACAUCUUAGCCCUGAGGAAUAUUUGAGGUCGGCAGACUCCAAAUCAGACUUUUCGCAUAUAGACACGACUUCAUGAGGAAUGUUGUUUUACUGUAUAUGUAAACUGUUGAUAUGAUGGGAAUCAUCAAUGUUACAAAGUUUAAUACAGCCAAAAUUAUUACCAAAGGUAAUAUAGUGAUGUGACCUUCAUAUCCUGGAACUUUGAGUUCAGUGGCUCUUAUUCAUCAUAAAACAAAAGCAAAUUUCAGUGUCGUUGAAAUGAAUAGUUCAACCAAAAAUGAAUGAAAGGUUUGUUGCAAAUGUACUGACCUUCGGCUAGUUCAAGUUGUAGGUGACUUCCUUUCUUUAGUAGAUUUGAUUGUGAUGGUGAUUCAUAUAUUGAAAGUCAAUGACUACUAGUACUUAUAUAUUCCCAAACCCCCCCAAACAAGCAAAUGCAGGCCUUAUGAAGUGAAAUAGUUGGGAAGAAACUGGACACUAUUUACAACAAUAUAACCUUUUAUCUACAGCCUCAGCAAAAAGAGCUGAGCUCAUUCAUGACUUUAAAGAGUGCCAGAUUUCUGUCAUGUAAAGAUGUAUACAGGUAUGUGAACUCUGUAUGUUUACUAUAGAGAGGGAUGAUAUGUGCAUUGUAUUGAUCACCAAAAUGGUACUUAUUUGUAGAAUCCCAACGUUUAUUAAACCUCAUUGCACUAUGAUGUGCGCUCACCAGACUCAAACUUAAAAUAGUAGGUUUUUUUCUGCUAUGUAAGUCAAUAGUUGGAGGUUUCCAACAUUCUUUGUGUUCAACAGAACAAAGAAACUCAAACUAGUUUGGAACGAGUGACGAGUGAGACGAGUAAAAAACGACAGAAUAUCUAUUUGGGCAUGAACGUUUCCUUAAGUGGUUCUAAUCUUUUAUGAAUUAGUCUUCUGUUGAACACAAAGAAUAAUAUAUUAAAUUGUCAUCUGUAGUAGUAAAAACAAAUACUGAAGAAGACAGUGGCUUCAACAGAAGAUUGAAAGUCAACCUGGUUUGGAUCGAGUGAAUUAUUGCUUUAUUUUUUGACAAUUUUUGUAAUCUAACCAUUGAUUUUGCUUAGACUGAGUGUUGUAAAUAAUAUUCAGUUUAUUGCACAGAUUAAUCAAUUUGUUUUGGAAGUCCUCAUUAAUAUUGUCAGGAGCCAUGGUUAUUAAUGUUGAUUUAACUCUAUAUAUAUUUUUUUUACUCUCAAAGUGCUGUAUGUAUUAAUUUGCAUUAUAUGAUUCACCAAGGACUACAGUUUAAGCUAAGAAUCUUAAAUAAUGUUCCCCUGAAGAAAAAGUGUCACCCACACACCUUUGGUGAACUGAGUAAAGGAAAUUAAGAAUUAACUUAAUCCCUUUAAAUCUUUAUCAGACAGAAAAAAAUUCUGGCUGUGUAUGUUUCAGUGUAUUAUAAGGCCUGUAUUAUGUUUAAAGAUUUAUUUCACCUAAAAAUUUAAAUUAUUAAUUAUUCACCCUAAUGUCCUUCCAAACCUCAGAGACUGUGUUUGGAAAACACAUUAAAGUGUUUUUGAUGAAAUUUGUGAGCUCCCUCAUCCUCCAUAGACAGCAACAGUCCUGAGUUGUUCAGAAAAAUACCAAAAAAAAAAAAAAAAAAUUCAUUCUCAAAACAGUCUGUAUGCCUUCAAUGGUUUAAUUGUAAUAUUAUUAAGCUAUUAGAAUAUUUUUUAUUUGCACAUGAAACAAAAAUAAUGUCUUUAUUCAACAUUUUCUUUUUCACAGUUUCAGCAUGAGGCAUGCGACAUGAACGUGCACACUAUACUGACACUGAGAAGAAGAAACCCUUGAAUAAAGUCUUCAUAAUUUUUGUUUUAUGUGCACACAAGUAUUCUCAUAUAGCUUGAGAAUAGUCCAACUGUAGGCAUAUCGUCUGUUUUGAGGAUGCUUUUUUUUUUCAGGACUCUGAUCAAGUCAGGAAUCUUGCUGUCAACGCAGGAUGAGAUUCAGUGAAGCUCUAAGAUUUAAUCUAAAAUAUCCUAAUUUGUGUUGUGAAGAUGAGCGUGAAUGUUUCCCUGGACUGGCGCGUAAUCAAUAACGUUCAUUUCAUUUUUGGGUGAACUAACCCUUUAAGAUCUGGGUCAGGAGUUUUUUUUUUUUAAUCUUUAUUUGCUUGAACAUGCACUGCAUUUAAAGCAUUUGUGAUUAUUGCACAAGAUCUGUACUGUUUUAUUUGACUUUUUUUCUUGCUUUUUGUUGCAGCAAGGUCUUUAUUGCCAUGCAUUUAUUGUGUGUGUAUGUGUGUGUGUGCGCGCGUGUGUGCGUGUGUUCUGAGAAGCACAUGUAAAAUGUCAAAUAUUUUGGCAGCUGUGUGUAAAUACUGCUUCUGUAUGAUAGAAUAAAAUAAUAGCAUAUA